AAGGGACGAUUCUUCCGAUUCCGCCAGGCUGCCUUGAGUCUGGUCUCCAACAAACAGUCUCUUCCACAAGAAGACCCAGAUGCCGUCAUGGUGGAUUCCCCCUCCCCCAAAAAGAACAAGGACUCGGUGGCUCUGACCAACUUCCAGUCGCCCCCAACCAAGGACAACUGCAGCCCCACCGAUGCCAAAGACACACGGGCCCUCAUCAGCUCCAGCCACCACUCCUCCCAGGCCAGUUUGCAUGGACCCGGACCCCUGAGCCACUCCUCUCCCAAGCAGCACCCGUGGGACAGGCUGUACCAGAUGGAGGCGCACCAGUCCACCACCUGCCUGGCACACAACAUCUCCAGAGGCAGCAUCAGCGGGAGCAGCAUGAGGCGAGCCUCCUCUGUCCACGACAUAGAAGGCUUCAGCAACUCCAAGAGCAUAUUCAGGGACCGACACGCAAGUGAAGGUAAAGUAGGAUAAUGAAAUGUCUAAUGAAAGCUUUGUGGUACCUAGAUUUAGAAUGGGGACAGAGCUAUUGUCAUCUUUGUGACUUGUGAGUGAUCCUGGCUCAAUAAUUGUUUAUUACAGUAUACUAUUACAGAUUUAUGCCAGCAUUAUCUGCAUCCACAGUACUCUUUCUUUCUCUCUUCUUCUCACCACUAUAAUGCUGCUUUUAGACAAUGGUCGCUAUAUCAGAGGUAACGAUGUGUUCUCUGACCAUGCUUGUCAUGCACUGGACUGUUUGAAGCAUGUAUCCUAAUCAAGCCAAUUGCCCACAAGGAAUUAUUAUUAUUUCUCCCUGAAAUCCUACUCUCAAUGAAGUGCUACACUUGAGAAUGUGCUAUGACUUAAACAUUUGGGUGUGGUGACAUUUUUGUAAUGUCAGCUAUUAUAAAUGUAUUUUGAUGAUUGAUCAACACCUCCUAAAUGAAAGCCUGCUGCCUCCACUGAUUGCUAACAAUAUUAUUGCCAUCCCCACCCAACACCUGCAUGAAAGAAAGCCAUUUUGCUUUAUCAUCAAUUAUGUGAUGGUUUGGCUCACUGCUACAGCUUUUACCUCUGUCCACGUACUACUGCAUGCUCUUAACUAGAGCUGUGCUAUACUGUAUUACCACCUCUCUCUCUAUAGUCAAUUCCUUUGGGUUUUCUUUACGUUCCAGGUCCGUUCAAUCAUCUCAAGUCCAGUUUGCUGGGCUCCACCUCGGAAUCCAACAUCAACAAGUACAGCACCAUCAACAAGAUCCCGCUGAUUGCGCUCAACUUCGCAGAGCGGAAUAAUGACAAUAAGGCACAAUCUCCCCCAUCGUCAGAAAACACUAUCAUAGCACCCAAGGUCAAGGACAGAACGCACAACGUCACUGAAAAAGUCACACAGGUGAGACAGUUGACUCCAUUUGUCUGGAAAGCACAUUUGACUGUUGUAACAUUUGUUGGAAUAAUAACAUUAAUUUUUUUAUACAACUUUCAUGUUACACUAUGCACAAAAUAAGGAAUGUACCUAACGAAUGCCUAACACAUAUGAUAAAAAAUUUUGCACUAAUGGCUGCUUGUGCAUCCUCAAUGAAUUGGAGAAACAAUCUCAUCAAUGAAUGUUAGACAUUCCUGUGAGACUCCUGCUUGUGCCUAGGACAACUAACCGCUGUACAGUGACUGUCCUCUCAUUAAUGUCAGUGUCAAACCUCAGCACAGUCUGUAGGACAGAAGACCAAGCUUUCCAGUAAACUCAAACCGUCUUUGACAGGUGAAAACAGAGCACUCCUGACAAUGACAAUCUAUAGAAGGGACAAGCCAUUCUCACUCAUAAAUACAGCCAUCAUCCUACUGAACUCCCUAUUUCUGUGUUGCUGUACCUUGAAUUGGCCAUUCAAUGGGUUUUUCACAUCAGUACCUGUCGGGAUGCAUUGAAGAAUCCAUAAGAAUCCUUGUGGAUGUGCUGAGGCAACAUAAAACAAAGCCCUCUGUCCUCAUCAUUUCUCCUGCACUAUUUACCAGCAGAUAGGUCUUUCUUUGAAGCCUGUCAGAGCUCAUUAAGAUCCAGAGGAGAGGAAAGCCACGUACUCACUGGCUGUUAGAUUACAACGUUGCUUGAAUGGACAUAAUAAGCUAUAGAGUCCAACCAUGGAGAAAAGCUUACAGAGAUGAUAAAGAAGCUGUUGAACAUUGGACACCGUCUGUUGUAUCUAUACCAUUGUUAUGAAUCGAGCACUACAAAUGUCUAAAAAAGAGCACACGGUAGUCUUUUCAAAAGAUGUACAGCUAGGAUACGUUAUCUGAUUAUCCUCCUUCAAUACUAUCAUAUCAUAUCAAAUCGCAUUUUCAAAAUGAUCUACCCCCAAAAAAUCAAUGGAUGAAUUUACUACAACUUACUACUAGAAUGUGAGACGGUAAGGCAGUGAUCCUGUGGAACACAUCUAUAUUGGAAGUCACAUUAUUCACAUCCCAAGACAGGGGUAAUCGGUCAUGUCUGUCAAAUGAGAGGAGAGGACUGUGGAGCACUUACUCUCAGGUUAGCUGAAUCAUAGCAAGGAACUUUACCUGGACUGCUCCGGCAAUAUCCAGCUACUGAGAUAAGUGAGUUAAAAGCAGACUCGGGUAAAGCUGUCAGAUAGAUGAAUAUUUUGCCAUUCAGACAAAAGUUUGACACUCAUAUCUACAGAAUAAAACAUAAUUUCUGUCAGAAACCUAGUUAAUUAGUGCUCUUAGUGGUUGCUGUCCCCUCUUCUCUCUAUGCUACUACAGGUACUGUCACUGGGAGCUGAUGUCCUUCCAGAAUACAAGCUCCAGACUCCACGCAUGGACAGAUUCACCAUCCUCCACUACAGUCCCUUCAAAGCUAUGUGGGACUGGCUCAUCCUGCUGCUGGUCAUCUAUACAGCCAUUCUCACACCCUACUCUGCUGCUUUCCUACUCAAUGACCGCGAGGAGCAAAUGAGGCGCGAGUGUGGAUACUCCUGCAAUCCCCUGAACGUGGUGGAUUUCAUGGUGGACAUCAUGUUCAUCGUUGACAUUGUUAUCAACUUCCGGACCACCUAUGUGAAUCUGAACGAGGAAGUGGUCAGCCAGCCAGGGAAGAUCGCCAUUCAAUAUUUCAAAGGCUGGUUCCUGAUAGACAUGGUGGCUGCGAUCCCCUUUGACCUGCUUAUCUUCGGUUCAGGAUCAGACGAAGUAAGUCAUUCCUAA